AUCGGUCAGUUCAACUAGCAAGCAAAAAUUGCGUAUUUUGAAAAACUAUAACUAUUUUAUUAAAUAUUUUUAGACAAUAUGGCCCUAAGACGCUGUCACUUGAACCCGAAGAAAACCCUUUUCCUGUUAUGCGACAUUCAGGAAAAGUUCCGACCCGGCAUGCCGCUUUUUGAAAACAUGGUCAAGAACGUUGAUAAACUUAAUAAGGCGGGCAAGGCUCUUGAUGUUCCACUGAUUGUCACCGAACACUAUCCGGAAAAACUGGGAAAAACCGUAGCCCAAUUGGAUGUGAGCCAUGCAAAAUUGGUCGCUGGAAAAACCCUUUUCAGUAUGUUUACUCCUGAAGUCAAGGCUGUGAUCAAGGAUAUUUUCAAUGACAAGCCAGAGGAUGUAGUUUUAUAUGGCCUGGAGUCUCACAUUUGUGUGGAGCAAACGGCCAUCGAUCUGCUGGAGCAGAACAUCAACGUAUACAUCGUGGCGGACUGCUGCUCCUCCAGGCUAAACCAGGAUCGGGACUUGGCCCUGGAUCGCCUGCGCCAAGCGGGCUGUGUGAUCACAACUAGUGAGAGCAUUAUUUUUGACCUGGUUAGAGACAAGAACAACCCCAAGUUCGAUGCGAUCCGGAAGCUGGUCACCCAACCCUCGGUGGACAUGGAACUCACGCGCAACGGGAAUGGAUUGCCAGUGGGCAGUGCCAAGCUGUGAGGUUACCCCUUCUUGUCUAUUUGUCUGUGUGCUGUGUGUGAUGAUGCCAAUUGCAUUUAUAUAACCAUGCAGAAAA